AUGAAUUGGUCCCUCGAGGUCCUCUUUGAUGCCCUUUUUCGAGAAGAGAUCAUCGCAACGGUGAUCGGUCUUAUCAUCGCAUACGCAGCAUACACCACACUGCGAACAGAUCCAGAAAAAGCCAUCGACUACUCCGUCGCACCGCCCGAGCAAAUCCUGCCUGGCUGGGAAGGAAAGGGGCUGAACGACCCGUCCAUCAAGGUUGCCGGAAGCACAGCUAUACAAUGCUACGCCCCGGCCUCAGGAACUUUUCUCGGACUUGUCAAUCCUGCUACCAAGGACCGCAUCGACAGGACUAUUGCCAAAGCAGCCGCCGCUCAGAAGACAUGGCGUCUUUCGACUUUUGCUCAGCGCCGCAAGGUGUUGAAGACGAUACUCAAGUUCAUCCUCGACAAUCAGGAAAACAUCAUUCGCACUGCGUGCCUGGACAGUGGAAAAACUCGUGUUGAUGCUUUAUUUGGAGAGGUUCUUGUUACUGUGGAGAAGCUGCAAUGGACCAUCAACCACGGAGAGAAGGCCCUUGCAGUUGAUCGUCGACCAACUAACUUGAUGAUGUUCUACAAGCACAACGAGAUCCGUUACGAACCGCUUGGAGUCGUCGGUGCUUGUGUUAGUUGGAAUUAUCCCUUUCACAACUUCAUGGGUCCAGUCAUCUCCGCCAUCUUCGCCGGCAACGGUAUUGUCAUCAAGAACAGCGAGCAGACUGCGUGGUCAUCAGCCUACUUCGUCAGCAUUGUAUGCGAUGCGCUCUCUGCUUGUGGCCACGAUCCGAACCUCGUUCAUGCUUUGUCUUGCUGGCCUGAGACUGCGGACCACUUCACCUCUCACCCUGGCAUCAGCCACCUCACAUUUAUCGGGAGUAGGCCUGUUGCCCACGCUGUGGCUAAAAGCGCAUCAAAACCACUCACACCGCUGUGUGUCGAACUUGGCGGUAAGGAUGCUGCUAUCGUCUUGGACGAGCCGUCGGGAUCUGCCAUGGGACAAGGAGAACUGGAGAGGAUCGCAAGCAUCAUCAUGAGAGGUGUCUUCCAAAGCGCGGGUCAGAACUGCGUUGGCAUCGAGCGUGUUGUUGCUAUGCCGGGAGCAUACAGCAAGCUUGUGGACAUGCUGAAGCCACGCAUCGACGCAUUGCGAGUCGGCAACGACCUUGACGCCAGACGCGGCGAAGGCAGUCCGAUCGAUGUCGGAGCUAUGAUCAGCUCCGCAUCAUUCGAUCGCCUUGAACGACUCAUCGCUGAAGCCACGGCGCAAGGCGCGCGUCUUCUCGUUGGUGGUUACCGAUAUUCCCACGAACUUUACCCUCGCGGUCACUACUUCUCACCGACCAUGCUCGUAGACGUGACUCCGGAGAUGCGUAUCGCACAGGAGGAGCUGUUCGCGCCGAUCUGUGUCAUGAUGAAAGCACAGACCAUCGAGGACGUCCUGCGGAUCACGAACAGUACGAUCUACAGCUUGGGUUGCAGUGUGUUUGGACCAACAUCUUCAUCGAAAGCACGGACAGAUCUUCAGCAUGUGACCAAUGGCGCCAAAGCUGGCAUGGUAGCGGUGAAUGACUUUGCAGCAUACUAUGUGGUCCAGCUGCCCUUUGGUGGAGUCGGAGGUUCUGGCUAUGGGCGAUUCGCGGGUUGCGAAGGCCUACGAAGCCUGUGCAACCCCAAAUCGGUCUGCUCCGACAAGUGGCCUGGCUUGAUCAAGACGGCUAUCCCCGGUAAACUGGACUACCCGAUGCGGAUGGGCGCCUGGCAGAGUGCACGUGGGGUGGUUGAAGUGGGAUAUGGCGAGACUCUCGGUCGGAGAUGGCAAGGCAUCCGCAGGCUCGUGGGAUUAUGA